AUGGGUUAUCAGAAGCUACAACAUCAAGGUAGCGGAACUAUUCCUGCUCUAGCUGAUGAAGAGCUGAUGGGAGAAGAUGAUGACUACGAUGAUCUGUAUAGCGAUGUCAAUGUCGGCGAGAGUUUCUUUCAAGCUCAUCAUCAGCCUCAAACACCAGCUCAAGUCGGUGGUACAGGGGCUCAAGCUCAGAAUAGUAACGUUGCUGAACCGAGAAUGGCAGUUGCAUCUGGAGGUACAGUUGAAGGGAAGUAUCGGAAUGAUGCAGGGCAUAAUGGAAUCAGUGGACCAGAGACAAGACCAGAUGUUUAUCCACAAGCAUCUUCUUUUGGCGCAAAAACUGAUGUCCAAUCCAACAAAGCCGUGCCACAACAAGGGUCAACAUCUAUUGUGUUAAACACACAUGGCUAUUCAGGGAACGCGGUCAAUGUCCCUGAGCCUCCUCCUGUGCAUAACCCAUACGGUGCUCCUCCUCAAGGUGCUCAGCAGAUUCCGGUUAGCCAGAUGAAUGUGAAUUCAAAUGCGAUGGUGAACAGAAGCCCGACGCAGGCGUCGUUUGUUGUGGACAAUGGGAACACCAUGCUUUUUGUUGGGGAGCUACACUGGUGGACGACAGAUGCGGAGAUUGAGAGUGUGCUUUCUCAGUAUGGACGAGUCAAAGAGAUCAAGUUUUUCGACGAGAGGGUCAGCGGCAAAUCCAAAGGGUAUUGCCAGGUUGAGUUUUAUGAGUCGGCUGCUGCAGCCGCUUGCAAAGAAGGAAUGAAUGGUUUUGUGUUCAAUGGUAAAGCCUGCGUUGUGGCCUUUGCUUCUCCUGAGACACUGAAGCAGAUGGGAGCUAAUUUCACUGGGAGGAACCAAGGACAGAACCAAAUCCAAAACAGGAGGCCACUGAAUGAGGGAAUGGGAAGAGGUAACAACAACAAUAACAACAACAACAACAGCAACAUGAAUACGCAAAAUGGAGACGGUGGAAGAAACUACGGGAGAGGUGGAUUUGCGCGUGGUGGUGGUGGUGGCCAAGGAAUGGGCAACCGUGGAGGCCCUUGGGGUGGUGGAAUGAGAGCUAGAGGGAUAAACAACAUGGCUAACGGUUCCGGUGCUGGACCGUAUGGGCCUGGACUUGCUGGUCCAUCAUUUAACGGUAUGAUGCAUCCACAGGGUAUGAUGGCAAAUGGUGGGUUUGAUCCUACAUUCAUGGGUCGUGGUGGUGGCUACCCAGGCUUUCCAGGUCUUGCUUACCCAGGGAUGCCUCAUUCUUAUCCCGGUGUCAAUGCAAUGAGCAUGGUUGGGAUUGCCCCUCAUGUUAAUCCCGCCUUCUUUAGCGCGGGGAUGGGACCGAUGGCUAGCUCCGGGAUGAAUGGAGCUCAUGCAGCAGCGAUGUGGAGCGAGGCUAAUGGAGGAGGUGGCGGUGAAGAAGGUGGUUCUGAAUAUGGCGGCUAUGAAGAUGAGACUCAAGAGAAAGAAGAAAAGCCGCCGAGAGAUAAAGAACGAGCUACCACGGAACGGGACUGGUCUGAGAGCAGUGGUGAUAGAAGACACAAGAGCCACCGUGAAGAGAAGGAUAGUCAUCGCGAGUAUAAGCAGCAGAGAGACCGUGAUUCUGAUGACUUUGAUAGAGGCCAGUCUUCUAUGAAGUCUCGGAGCAGAUCAAGAAUGGGAGAAGAUGAUUAUAGGUCAAGGUCAAGAGAUGCUGACUAUGGGAAGAGAAGACGAGGAGACUGA